GCUUAAAGUUCGAACUGGAAAGUUUAGCUCAGAAGGGAAUGCUGAAUGAGUAUGUGCAGAGAGCUGAACAGCCGCGGUUUGUCAGGGAGCAGAGACCACAGCCUCAAGGAGUCCGCAACCCCCCGAAUAGACAAGGUGUGGGAUAUCAGCAAGCCCCACCUCCGCUCCCACCACCGGCUAGAAUCAUACAUAUGAUUACGGGAGGCCUUGAAGCAGGAGGACUGAGCUCUAAACAGCGAAAGCUGUAUGUCAGAGAGGUUAAGCAUCAGAACCGAGCUCAGAAGCGGAAGAUUGACGAUGCUGAAUGGAAGAAUCAACCCAUUACUUUCACAUCUGCUGACCUCGACACAGUUGUUACACCCCACAAUGAUCCCCUGGUCACUUCUGUCAUCAUCAAUAACUGUGAAGUGCAACGUGUCCUUGUUGACACUGGGAGUGCACCAGACAUCAUGUAUUUUCACUGUUUCGAGAGUCUGGGACUGGAUCCAGCAUUGUUGCAGAAGUAUGAUGGUCCCAUCUAUGGUUUCAACAACCAACCUGUUCCAGUAGAAGGCGUUCUUACCCUCCAUAUGGCUUUUGGAAGUGGUCGGACCUAUGUCGCCCCUCCAGUUCGGUUCCUCGUCGUCAAGAUGGCCUCUUCUUUUAAUAUUGUUAUUGGCCGACCCACAUUGACCGAAAUCCGAGCUGUGGUUUCCCAAUCUCACCUCUGCAUGAAGUUUCCCACUCCUAUGGGAAUAGCAACACUACGAGGAAAUCAGGAGGUGGCCAGACACUGUUAUAUCACCUCGGUAACACAACCAACGAAGGGCAAAGAUAAGACACUCGAGGUCAUUCCCCAGCAGAUUCCUGAUAAUCAGCAGGUAAUGGGUGUAGAGAUCAUUGAUAAUCGACCGAAUGAUGAAACCAGAGCUGCUCCGGUUGAAGAUGUUGAAGAAGUGCUGGUUGAUGACAGAGAUCCGAGCCAAAAAACGCAAAUCGGAACUCGAUUGAACCCAGAAGAGAGAGCAGAACUGAUAGCUUUUCUCCGAGCCAACAAUGAUGUAUUUGCAUGGACUUCGGCGGAUAUGCCAGGAAUUCCAACUUCAGCUGUCAAAGAAGAGGUGGAGAAGCUCCUACAAGCUGGUUUUGUCAGGAAAGUUGAUUACUGCGAAUGGGUGGCUAACCCAGUCAUGGUGAAGAAGGCAAACGGUAAAUGGCGAAUGUGUAUCGAUUAUACAAAUCUUAACAACGCCUGCCCCAAGGAUUGCUAUCCGAUGCCGAGUAUUGACAAAUUAGUUGAAGCGGCUUCAGGUAACGAGAGGUUAAGCCUCUUGGAUGCAUAUUCUGGGUAUCACCAGGUGCCGAUGGCUCCCGAAGACGAAGAGAAGACCUCGUUCUAUGCUGGCGACGAGAUUUAUUGUUAUGUCAUGAUGCCGUUCGGCUUAAAGAAUGCAGGUGCUACUUACCAGAAAAUGGUGACCAUAGUCUUCCGAGCUCAGAUCGGCAAAAAUCUGGAGGUGUAUGUGGAUGACAUUGUGGUAAAGAGCCUGAAGGCAGAAAAUCAUCUAGUCGACCUCGACGAAACCUUUAACAACCUCAGAAAGAACCGGAUGCGGUUAAAUCCAGCCAAGUGCAUCUUCGGAGUGGAGUCUGGAAAGUUUCUAGGUUUCAUGGUAUCCCGAAGAGGGAUUGAGGUCAAUCCAGAGAAGAUCAGAGCAAUUGCCGAGAUGGAACCGCCGAAGUCAAUUAAAGAUAUACAAAGAUUGACUGGAAGGGUGGCAGCUCUGCAUCGAUUUAUCUCCAGGUGCCACAUCCUGGUGCUUAUAUUCUCCAAGACGCUGAAGGAAAGAGAGUUCCUAGAGUCUGGAAUGUCAAUAACUUGAAGAAAUUUUAUCCCUAAUAAAAUUCUUUCAAGUGUUUUAAGUCUUACUGUUCUUUACGUUUCUCACUUCGUGUUUAUUGAGAAUCGUUUUACCUCUUAUUCUAUGUAUCUGAGGUCAAUCAGUUCAUUCACUUCUAUUAAUAAAUGUCACUUCACAUU